UAAAAUAAAAUAAUAAAAUAAAAUAUUUGUGCAGCUUUCUGAGAUUUGGUGUGUUUCUGUAGUGUUUCACUCUAACUACACAAACACACAAAAUCUCAGAAAGCUGUAUGUGGCAUUUUGUGUGUGUGUGUGUAUGUGUGUCGUGUUGUGUGUGUGUAAAGUGUGAAAGUUGGUUUUUGAGCUUUUUGUCGCUGUGUGAAGUGUGAAGUGCAGCUGCUUUUACAUUGUGUGUGAGUCAGUUGUGUUGUGUUGUAUUGUGUGUGUGUAAAGUGUGAAAGUUGGUUUUUGGUACCUCUUACUGUUUUUUAUACUUUGUUUAUUAUUUUUAUUAUUUAUUGUUAUUGGCCACGCCCACCCAGUCAUCUGACCACCAAGCCACGCCCACCAAUUAAGCCACGCCCACAGAACCAGUAGGGAAAAUUUUUAGAUUUCACCCCUGCCUCCAGGCACAUAUUCACUUAUAGCUCCCAUAGUCAAUGAUAAUGGGGUGCAUUGUUACAGGUGUUAAAAACACUGUAGUCCACAACUCAGAAGAGCCAGAUUGAUGUAGUUGCUAAAGCAUCAGGGCUAGAAAUUGGGAGACUGAGUUCUAGUAAGUCCUUUGGCAUGAAGCAGCUGGGUGACCUUGAACCAGUCACUCUCUUUCAGCCCGAGGGAGGAGGCAAGGGCAAGCCACCUCUGCAAAAUCUUGACAAAAAAACUUUAGGAACUUGUUCAGGUAGUUGUCAGGAGUCAACAAUGACUCAAAUGCAUCCCUCCCAACUUGGUUAUUCUGUUCUAUACUUUUAGUUUUGUGAUUGCUGAAUUAAAUCUAGUUUUUAGAAGCAUCAGAUUAGAUGCUCCUCCUCUUCACUCCUGCCAUCUUAUCAGUUUGCUUUCCGUUUAGAGACGCUGAUGGCUGGUGUAUGCAGCAUCAUUCUUUGCUCCUUGCUCCAUUUCUAGACAGCUUUGUAUCUGCCACUAAGUGUUAUAAAAUUACUCAGAGCUCAGCAAACUGAAGAGCACAACAGAUCUUAAAAAGUCUCCACUGUGAAGGUGACUUAUUUGCUAGAAAUAACAAUUAAGACCAUUAAACAGAUUAAACUGUGCCUUCACUUUAUCAAGUAACGGAGGCAAAGUUUUUAAAAACAAUUCUUUCAGCAAAAACUAAGGCAGAGCAGUGAAAUGUCAGAGCUCAGUUGAAGGAAGGCAAACAGACAGACCAAAAUAGAACUUUAAGAAAAGAUAAGCUCAGAAAGAGGAGUCAGCAAUAGAACUGAACAGUGUGUGGGGAGGGGAUGGUAUGCGUGUGAAGGGUUUUCCUCAGCCUGACAAAAUCUGAGCAGUGCUAAAUGGGGGGGGGAGGGAAAGAAAAGAUUCUUGCUGAGAACUGAAAGUCACAUUGAGAGAAAAGCAACUGGUACAUGUAUGUACGGUAGAUGAGAAGUUAAGGAAACUGAGGAUUGGACAAUCUUCCAUAGAAGACCUGUAUAUUGCAUGGGUCAGAAGGAGGAAUGAGAAAAAAGCUACUGACCCCUUGCAUCCUGGAUGUAAACUGCUUGAACUCUUCCCCUCGGGACACUACUAUAGGGCAGCGGUCACCAACUGGUGGUCCAUGGACCAUUGGUGGUCCACGAGAAAGUUUUGGUGGUCCACAGAAAAAUUAUUUGCAUUUUUUAUAUUGCACUAAAUCAGGAGUCCUCAAACUAUGGCACCUGGGACGGAUACAUGCAAUGAAGUCUCCCUUCGACAUUUCAGACCCGCGUUAAUGAGAACAGCUGGUUUUUUUCCUGAGUGAAUGGCUUCUUCCAAAACCUGUUGAGCUUCUCUUUGAGAGCAAAUUGUGUUACUAAUGGUGACUUCCAGUGCAGAUGGCUGAACGACAACCAGGUGAAGCACACAAAGGAAACUCCAUGUUAAUGAGCUGAAUGGUUUCUUGCUGAAUGGUUCGGCAAGACGGAGAAGGUGGUAACAAGCUCUUAUUCAAUAAAGCAAAGCACUCUUUCUGGUUUGGAAGAAACAGAUUGGGAGCCUCAAGUUCAUUUCUUCAUGGGAGGAAGCAGACGAGCAGAUGUAUUAAACAGAUAAUGAGUUUGUGAAAACAAAGGCUUGUCUGAAAUAUCUCUAUUUUUACCAUUUUUAAAAAGAACAAUGCAUUGCAAGUGCUUCACUAAUGAAUGAAGGAUGUAAAUUUUCAUAACUCCUUUGCCUGCUGGAUGAUACUGGAUUCUCUGUCUUAUGAACGUCAGAAGAGAAGAUGUCUCAAGAAUUUAACCUUAACUUACUUAAGGAACUGGAGCAAGACAUUGUUCUAAAUGUCCUUUGCCGUGAUGAGAUGUUGAGAAAACUGGAGGAACAAAGAGUAAGCAAACUGAAAAUCCAACUGCAGCAACUUUGGCGUAAAGGAACGAAAAAUGCCAACUAUGGAUCUCAGAAACGAUCAUGUGCCCGUUGUCAGAAGUCGUUUGGAAUCCUGAUCGAUAGAGGAGCAGUGUGCAAAGGAUGCAGCCAUCAUAUAUGCUCUCAAUGUCGCAUUACUGUAAAUGCCUUUCUGUGGAAAUGCACUGUUUGCUAUGCUUCUGAGGCUAUUAAAGUGAAAACAGGUGAAUGGUUCUUUGAGGAGAGAGCAAAGAAAUUCCCAACUGAAGGUAGAUAUGAAACUGCUGGUGCAAAACUCUUGAAAUCUUAUCAGAAAUUAAGCAAGGUAUCGGUGAUUCCUCCAACUCCUCCACCUUUUGCUGAAUCCAUCAAUAGAACGAGUGGAUUGGAAUUUAAUCCAGGUUUCCACAAGUCUAUGGAAAACCUUUUUCUGUCUUUUACCACACAUAUCAAAAAAAUCUCAAAAUCACAGAAUGAUGUGGCCAAUGAAAAAUACCUUCUUACAGCAAAUUAUGGGUCAGACAACGAUCCAGUGAAAGAUAGGAGAAGCCUAUCUGAUACAGCUAUUGAUAUUUCAACUAGGAGAUCUUCAAGUAUCAAUGGAGAACAAGAUGAUAGUAGAAUUGCUUGCAUAAAAGCAUCAAGUGAAGAAGUCAUACCCUCCAUGGUUACAAACGAUGCCUUAAUCUGUGGGGAUAAAAAACGUGAUAGUUUAUACAGCAUUACCAGUGUUUGCAGUGGGGCUGUUGACUUUGCAAAAGCUGAUGUCUGCGGUGAAAUAGAAUUUGCCAUUAGAUACAAUUUCAAAUUUGGCAUUUUGGAAGUAUGCAUCAGUGCCUGCAAGAAUUUGGCCUACGGAAAGGAAGAAAAAAAGAAAUGCAAUCCAUAUGUCAAGACUUACUUGCUGCCUGAUAAAUCUCCUCAGAAUAAACGGAAAACUUCUGUCAAAAAGAACACACUGAAUCCAACAUUCCAAGAAAUAUUAAAGUACAACAUUGAAUAUUCCCAACUGCAAACCCGACAGCUUCAGAUAUCCGUCUGGCACACUGGAAUUUUCAGACAUCCUGUAUUCCUUGGAGAAGUGGUGAUAGAUUUUGAAUCCUGGGAUUUUGAAAACUACUCUGCUCAGUCAUUCAACUGGUACCAAUUGAAAGCCAAAAUGACAUGACUGUAUUCCUUUUAUUUAUGUUUACUGUAUUUAUACAUGUUUCCUGUUUCUUUGGAAUUUAAGAAUAAAUGUGCCAUAAGCAGUUCAUUUCUUUCAAUGAAGUAGGUGUUAAGUGUUUUCAUUACUAGAAUCAUAGAGUGCAAUUAGAACGCACCCCAGAGAUCAUGUAAGCCCUUCCCUGUUGCCAGCUGGGUAAAAUUGCUGAGCUUGACUCCUGGAAAUUUCAUAAAAACAUCCAAGUAGUUUACGUUUGCACACAGUACAAAUAUGCCCUUGUUGUAACCUCUCAGGAUUUUUUGACUUCUUGAUCUAGUAUCCAACCAUAGAAUUUCCUGGCUCUUCCACAAAUGUCCCAUCCAAAGCAUUAACCAGGUUUGUUCCUGCUGUGUUUUUUUUAAGGAUUUAUCUAAAUCAGCAGAUCCCCGUUAUUCCCACUGGCAUUUGGAUCAGGUGGUUAGGUGAGCACUGUUGAUGAUAGGCCUUUAUGUUUUGGGGUUGUCAUUUUAACCAAAUAUCAUGGGUUAUAUUUUAUUGUUGUGUUUUAAUCUUUGUAUGCUGACUAGAAUUAUUAUUGUGAACUGUGUGGCUUUAUAAACUAUUUAAAUAAAUAUAUCUUCCGCUUAAUAUAUUGAAUGAAGAAAAACCAGAAGUUUUCAGUGCAUUCUGCUUCAUCAUUCUUUAAAUGUUUAAUCAAAGUUCCCUUUCACAUACCUUUGAACCCAUUGGUUUCUAUUCUGUUCCUGGAGCAAAGAAAAAAAUAUCAUAUUAUAUAUACAGUAGUAUUUUAAAUAUUUGUAGACGGCCAUUGCAUCUGCUUUAAAAUCUGGACUGAACACAUUCAAGGUAUAAUGAUAGCCAUCAGCUUGCAUUAGAGAACAUAAUUAAAAACUAGUCCAGAGUUUAAUGGAAUCCUCAUAUAGAACAGACCUGUGCUCCUGAGGGCAUAACGUUGGAGGAUAAACAAUUGGAGAUAACUAUGUCUUCCAUGCAAUACUUCUGGAUUUCUAUUUUGAAAAUACCAAUCUGAAAAAAAGGAUCUAAUGAAAUAAAGUCAUAGGCAUUCAAAUGGAUGUAGUAAAUUCCUGGAUUUAGAUUUGAUUCAAGAAGUUAAUUCUUUUUUUUUUCUUAGAGAAGAUCACAAUUCUAGCUAGCCCGUACCUCUUAGUAUAGUGCAGUGAUGGCUAACCUUUUUGCCAUUGCAUGCCCGGGGGGCGGGGGGCGGGGAGGUUGCGCGUGCUUGUGCCCACACCCAUAAUUCUAUGCGCCCCACCCUCAUGCAAGCGCGUGUGACCCCCCAGCAUGCAGUGGCCCGAAAGGCCCAUUUUUCUCUCUUACCUGGCUCCAGAGCCUCUAUGAGUCUGGGGAGGGCAAAACAGUCUUCCCCACCCCAUCAGAGGCCCUCCAGAGGCCAGAAAUGGCCCGUUUACCAACUUCCAGUUGGACAGAGAGAGUUCUGGAGGGUGGGGACAGCAAAAACGUUACUUCCUGU